UCUCUCUUCCAUUUUCAAUUACCAGAAAAGUAUCUUCAGAAUCAUUUUUACAUAACAUAAAUGUCAACUUCUGAAGAAUCAUCAGCCAUGGAACUCAUCACCCAACAUCUUCUUACAGACUUCACUUCCUUUGAUUCUUUUCUUACCAAUCUCGAUCACUGUACCUCCAUGGUUGAAACCCCAAAAUUCCCUCAAACUUCCACCCCUAAACAAUCUACUCUAAGCCAACGUCGUCCUGCUGUGAACGUGACGAUUCCGGCAGCAAAACUGAGCGUGAGCACGAAGGAUUGUGACCAGAAAAGGCAUUACAGGGGCGUUAGAAGACGACCGUGGGGCAAAUUCGCUGCGGAAAUCAGAGACCCGAACAGAAAAGGGGCUAGGGUUUGGCUUGGGACCUUCGACACCGCCAUCGAAGCUGCCAAAGCUUAUGAUAGAGCUGCGUUUAAGCUGCGGGGAAGCAGGGCGAUUGUGAAUUUCCCUCUUGAAGCUGGGAAAUCUAAUUCUGGGGAUUCGGAAUUAACAGAGGAUUUGAUUUCGUCUUGUACGAAAAGGAAAAGAGAAGAAGAGGAUGAAGAACGAAACGUGGAGAGUAAAGUAGUGAAAAGAGAGGUAAAAGCGGCGGUGCCGGCGAAGGAAGCGGAAAAUGUAACACCGGGAGCAUGUUUAACGCCGUCGAAUUGGACGGGGUUUUGGGAUAGUGAAGAUAUGAAGGGAAUAUUCAGUAUCCCUCCGUUAACUCCGUUAUCUCCCCAUCCGUUUGGGUGUUCGAGGCUUGCGGUCAUGUGAAAAAACAAGUAAACGAUUUUGACGACGCUUACUAAAUCAGGAUAGGCAUGCUUACGUGGCUUGUUGAAUUAUCCGAAGAUGGAGAGCCAAAUGGAAACUUGCGACUGUUAACAAACACAAAACGAAAUUUGUUCAAUUAUUAGUGUACAUAAAGCUUAAGCAUAAGUUCUUUUGUUAAUUUAUAAAAUUGUAUUUCUUCUUUG